AUUAUCGAGUUAGAGCAUUAAUGGAUGAUUCAUGGCCAGUCUCUCUCCUCUUUCUGGUGCAUGCCCCCAAACCACCAUUUCAAUUUCAAUUCCGAUUCCUCAGGACUCUCUCUCUCUCUCUCUCUCUCUCUCUCUCUCUCUCCCUCUCUCAAAACCAUACUGGUUUGCAGUUGCGCACCAGCUAGCCAGGUUUCCCGCCGGUUGAGAACGGAGAGAGAGAUUAAACCUCCCUAGCCACAGCUCUCUCUCUCUCUCUCUCUCUCUCUCUCUCUGGGAGAAUGUAAUUUCCCAAUUCGCAAACGAUAAUUAAUCUUCCUCGCCACAAUUUUUCAAUGUAGAUCAAUGAAUAAUCCCUUCUCCGCCACUCAGAUCUCCUCCCGAGCACCGCCGACGUCGCUGUCGACUUACCUCCGCUACCGAGGACGGGCAAUGUCCGAUGGCAUCGUCCCGACGCUCCCGCUACUCGACUCGGCAUUCGACCUCGCCACCAUCACCUUCGCCACCGCCCUCCUCCUCCUUUCCCUCCUCUCCCUAUUCUUCAUCCUCCACCUCCGCCUCAAGUCACGCGCCGCCCGGCACCUCCACAACUUCAGCACCCUCUCCGCCGUCCGUCUCCUCCUCGUCUCCCUCGUCGCCUUCUGGACCCUCUCCGACCUCCUCCGCCUCCCCUUCUUCCGCCGCGGGUAUCUCUACCCAUUCUUCCCCCAUCCCACCCUCCACCACCAGGCCUCCCUCUGCAAGCUCCAUCUCGUCCUCUCCCUCGGCCUCUUCCAGCCCGGCUUCCUCCUCACCAUCCUCUUCCUCCUCAACGUCUCUGUCAAAAACCGGACCCCCGGCAGCGCGUGUUCAGUCGUCGGCGUCCUCGCCACCUGCCUCCCCGUCCUUUGUCUCCAGAUCCUCUUCGUCUACUUCUCCAACAUCGUCCCCGCCGAGGCCGCGCCCUUCUCGAACCGUGUCCGGUGGAGCUCCGUAAUUUCCCGUGACGAAAGUGGGUACGAGGUGGCGCUAUGCGUGUAUCCACUUCUGAGUAGGCUCGUCUUUGGCGCGUUAGCCAUCGCGUACUUGCUCUGUUUGUGGUUGUCGUGCUGGAGAGUCGUCUCCGUCGUGAUUAAUAAGGGGUUGAGGGUUCGGAUCUACACGCUCACGCUCGCCGUCACGGUGUCGCUGUCGGUGGAGGUUUUGUCCUUGGGAUUGUCGGGGCUUUGGAAGCCGGACGAGACGAGCCACGGCGCGGCGGCGCUCUUAAUUUUCCUCAGCGCGCUGUCUUGUGCAGUGGCAGGGGAGGGCAUUAUGGUAAUUAAGCCGAUUGCGGACACACUGGCUGCCGACGAAGAGUGCUGCGAGUACCGGCUGUGCAAGGAGGGCUCGGGCGAAAUGGAAAGGGGUGGCGCGUGUGGGUAGAGAUGACAGGGCGAAGGCGUAAAUUUGAGAAUUGAAGGAGGGGUUUUUUGUCAUUUCGGAGAAGCUUAGCUGGCCAUGCGCACUGAAUGGGAAUUUUUUUCUGCAGGGAGAUCGAUAUUAUCUCAGGGUGACUGUAGACAGAACUGCAGGGAGACUUUGUUUGCCAUCUCGGGGUAGUUUUGUAAAGAAUCAAUAUAAAAUGUCUACCACUCGAUACCCAAGGACGGAUGGUGAAUUCCAAGAUAUGUCAAAGGUCCCCUAUGCUGGUGCAAUGGGGUGUUUCGGCAUGCGAUAGAGUGAUCCCUCAAUUGUGAGAUUUUUUGUGCAUACUAUGCAGGGGGCUUUGAUGACAGAAGGUUUACAAUGGGGUUUAUGUUUACUAUUGUAGGAAGACCUACUUGUUGGAAGUCCAGGGUACAACCUUCGAGUGUAACAACUAUGACUGAAUCAGGAUUCAUGGCAGAAGCCAAAGCUACCACGGACAAGUUCAAGUAUUGCUUGAACUUGGUUUUUAUCUCCAGUUGCGAGAUGGGAGGCGGUCUCAACCUAAUGUCCCAAGGUCAAGGUGGAGCAGUGGUUCAUGUUUUCAGUUUCUCCUAAGGGGUGUAUGUUCUCCAAGGCAGAGAUUGUUGUAAUAUGUGGCUCACAUACUAAGUCGAAGACAUGCACAAAGAGAAAACAAGAUGGAAAUCAUGGUGUAAUAGGGGAAACCAUCGGCUGUAGCCCUGUGACCGUUGAUAGUUUGGAGCAGUGUCUGAGAGAUUAUACUCUCUACCUGAAACCGUUGAUGGUUUGGUUCGGGAAAUCCAGUGCAUAUUUCAAUUUUUGAAUAAGGGAUGUUAAGUUGGCUGAGGUUUGAAGGGAAAACCUCCAAGAACUUUAUAUAUAUGUUAUCUCAUAUGUAUAUAUAAGAUGGUUGUACAUGGUUGAUAUAUUGUUCAUAUCCUUUGAACAAGAAAAUAGUGAAUUGUUGUCAUUUGCUCCCAUGAAUGUAAGCAUUGCCGAACAACGUAAUUCCUUGCGUAUUGUAUUGUUAUUGC